CUGUCGAAUUCUUCCCCAUCACAAUUCACCGCACCGGAGUUCACGUGCACUUAAAGCUCUUAACAGAAUUCGCGGAUAAUUUCGCUCUACAAGGCGUCGGAAUUCUAAGAGAAGCGAGACUGAAGAGAUGAGAGGCUGGCAACUUUUGAUUUCUAUGGUGCUCUGUGCUUUAAUGGCGGCGGAUUGCAUAGGCGUGAAGGCACGCCCAGUAGAGGAUUUGGUGGUGGAUCUUCCAGGACAGCCCCAGGUUGCUUUCAGGCAGUUUGCAGGUUAUGUCGAUGUGGACGAUAAGACUGGAAAGAGUCUCUUCUACUACUUCGCUGAGGCCGAAAGAGAAGCCGGCAAGAAACCUCUCACUCUUUGGCUCAAUGGAGGGCCUGGGUGCUCUUCAGUUGGAGGUGGUGCUUUCACUGAAUUGGGCCCGUUCUUCCCAAGAGGGGAUGGUAGGGGUCUCCGGAUAAACAAGCAUUCAUGGAAUAAAGAAUCAAAUCUGCUAUUUGUUGAAUCUCCUGCUGGAGUUGGAUGGUCUUAUUCAAACAGAACUUCUGAUUACACAACCGGAGAUGCAUCUACAGCAAAUGACAUGCAUAUAUUCUUGAUGCGAUGGUUCGAGAAGUUUCCCGAGUUCAAAACUCGAGACUUGUUUCUUACAGGAGAAAGUUAUGCAGGGCACUACAUACCACAACUCGCUCUUGUUCUCUUGAACCAUAACAAACAUCCAAAUAAUUUCAAGUUCAACAUUAAAGGAGUUUUUAUUGGGAAUCCUCUUCUGAAACUUGACCAGGAUGCUUCUGCCACUUACAAGUAUUAUUGGUCUCAUGGGAUGAUUUCUGAUGAGAUAGGCCUCAAGAUGAUGAAUGAGUGUGAUUUUGAGGAUUAUGAGUAUAGUGAUUCCCACAAUAUCAGCAAAACAUGCAACGAUGCAAUUGCAGAAGCAGAUAAAGAGGUCGGGGAUUACAUAAAUCCAUAUGAUGUGAUCCUUGAUGUCUGCUAUCCAGACAUUGUAGAGCAGGAACUGAGGCUGAAAAAAUAUGUUACUAAGAUGAGUGUCGGGGUUGAUGUAUGCAUGACUAGUGAAAGGCACUUUUAUUUCAAUCUACCAGAAGUUCAACACGCCCUUCAUGCCAACAGAACCAGUUUGUCUUAUAGCUGGAGCAUGUGCAGUGGGUUCCUAAAUUACAAUGAAGGUGAUGAAAACAUCAAUAUAAUUCCCAUCCUUAAAAGAAUACUUAGAAAACGUAUACCAGUUUGGGUUUUCAGUGGUGAUCAAGACUCUGUGGUGCCGCUCAUUGGCUCUAGGACACUUGUUCGAGAGCUAGCACAUGAAAUGCAACUUGGUGUGACAUUGCCUUACACUGCCUGGUUCCAGAAAGGCCAGGUUGGGGGAUGGGUGACCGAGUAUGGACACAUCCUAACGUUUGCGACAGUUCGCGGAGCUGCUCAUAUGGUGCCUUACUCGCAGCCAAAAAGAGCUCUUCUCCUCUUCAAAUCAUUCGUAAAUGGUCAAAGACUACCAAUUACAGCUGAUCCUCCCAUUAAUGAUGAAGAUCGCAGCUGAAGAUGCAUUCAUGAAAGGAAGUAUAGGAUUCAGAAUGUUACACUUUCCUUUUUUUUUACUAGCAUUGAAGUGAAAAAAUGGGUUGAAUGUUUCAAUUUCUCAUUCAUGCUCUUCCCCUUUAUUCACUUCAAUAUAGAAUUACAAUUCCUACUA